UGAAGGAUUAGAAAAACUUUUGUGGGUCAAUUGCAGAUAAAACCCACGACACAACAGUCCUUCAGUUCCAAUGAAGACUACUGUUCUGCUUAAAAGUCUCCUCCUAAUCAGCUGGUUCUUUUUUCAUGUCUCCUCUACUACUGACUUACCCCUUGGAAUCCAUCCUCUAGAUGAGAAGUACUAUGGUUUGGAGGUGAUCAAAUGCAAAGAUGGGUCUAAUUCCUUUACCAAAGAUCGUCUCAACGACGACUUCUGUGAUUGCCUCGACGGAACUGAUGAGCCCGGAACAGCUGCCUGUCCAGCUGGGAAAUUUUAUUGCAGAAAUGUGGGCAGUACGCCUAAAUUUAUGUUCUCUUCUCGCGUGAAUGAUAAUAUCUGUGAUUGUUGUGACGGAAGUGAUGAGUAUGAUAGUACUGUCAAUUGCCCCAAUACUUGCGUAAUGGGUGGGGAUUUUUCUUAUCGAACAAGAAGUUAUGGUUCACGAAGAAAACAUCUCGAUCUAAUUGGUGGAAAAAAUGCUAAUGGGGGCAAUAUGGAUGACUCGACUCCGAGACUGCAAGGUCUGAAGAUACUGGUACUUGUACAGGUGGUCGUUAUCAUUAUUUUUCUGGUUUCCCGGAAAUUAUAUCGCCGAUCCAGGUUUAAAAGAAGACAUUUGCGUUGAGAAUUGAUCCCAAGAUUACUGUUAUUAUCACAGUAUGUUCUCAGUAAGUUUCUCCGUUCCUCUUUGUCUUUUGUUGUCUCCCAACCAUGAUUAUUUGACCUAACUUCAGAGUGCAGUUGUGUUCCGUAAGGCAUAAUUGUAUAUCUAAUAGAUGGCUGCAACCUGAAGGUCCAACUUGCUGAUUGUUGACGUUCUUCUUUUAAUGAUUCUUACAUAUAUCUCUAUUACGACGGGAUUGUGACAACAAACUAUUAAGCCCUACACCAGUUCUCAAAGUAUCAUGUUAUUAACUGCUCCUAUGAACUUUUGACUAUCUUGGUCGUUCGAAUGGACAAGUAAGUUGCGUACUGCAGAGGAUCUCAUUGCAUUGGGCAUGUAUGGAAAAUCAGUUUUGUAUGCUAGCUGUCUGCUCCGACAAUUUAUCUUUGACAUUAUACAAUGUGAAAUUGUGUAUUGUGCUUUUAAUAUUCCUGCAAAUGGACAGGGAGAAAAAAAGAUUGUAACUAGCAAGAUUGGAAGUUUUCCUAUUACUUUUAAAAGCUAUAGCCAUUUUUCUUGAA